AUGGUAAAGACAAGGAAUACUAAUUUUGAAGGGCAACAGUCCGAAGAGGAGCACCAGUCCGGGGCCGAGACGGUUGAGGAGACAAACUUGACCGAUAUGGUACGCCAGAUGAAAGAGGAAAUGAUCGCCAUGAAACAGCAUCGAGAGAGAGAUGCCGCCGAGAUGGCCGCAUUGAAAGAAGAGAAUGCUGCUCUAAAAAACCAAUACCGAGACCCCACAUGGAAACCAUCUGAGACGACCCACACUCAGGGAUCGUUCCACUCGCACGGUCAUCACACCUCUAUUCCUCAUACCUCUGUCGCGCCCCCAGACAUCCAUGCUUCGAUCGAAAGACCGGCACAACCAAUGCCGGCCGGGGCACACCGACAUCCAUUUACGCCGAACAUCAUGCAAUCGGCACUUCUUGACCACUGGAAGUCCCUGCCCCUUGACAAAUACGAUGGUACAACCGACCCAGAUGAACAUGUGGAUGUGUUUUUGACACAGGUUACCUUGAGCACCACCGAUGAUGCCGCCCUAUGCCGAAUCUUUCCGACAUCCUUGAAGGGGCGAGCGCUGAGUUGGUUCACUCGGCUCCCAGCCAAUUCUAUCGACUCAUUCGGCACGCUGGCCUCCCAGUUCACAAUCCAGUUCGCCACCAGCCGCCCUCAUCAGUUGACCUCGUUGGCAUUAGUUAGCAUUCGUCAAGAUAGAAAGGAGUCUCUUCGGACGUUCAUGAGCCGAUUCAACAAAGCGGCUCUCGAAAUUCGAGACCUAAACCCUGCUGUGGCUCUACAUCAUCUCACAACCGCUCUAAAACCGGGUCCCUUUGCCAACAGCAUCUGCAAAAAACCACCAACCGAUAUGGAUGACUUGCGGCGACGAGCCGAUAAAUACAUGCAAAUGGAAGAAUUAGCAGAGUUCCACAAUCAAGCCAGAACGGAGACAGCCGCUAAGUCGGAAAAGCCGACUGAAAACAAUUUUCGGAGCCGUCCGAAAGAAUUAGCAUCCCGCGAGAGGCCCCCUCGCGGCCCAAGGUAUUCACAAUACACCCCGCUCAAUACCAGUCGGUCGGCAGUGCUAGAGCAAGCGUUGACCUCGGAGGUCCUGGCCGUUCCGAAACGAGCUUCGACCCCUCCUAGGGCCGAUACAACGAAGUCCUGCAGAUAUCACCGUAAUCGAGGACAUUCAACAGAAGAAUGUGCGGCCUUGAAGGAUAAGAUAGAAGAUCUGAUCAAACAAGGACAUUUGCAAGGUUUCGUCGACCAUUCGAACUCAUCCCGAAACACCCACCGAUCGCGACGGGACGAUCGGGGUGAACAAAGAACAGAAAGUCGUUCGUAUCGAGAACGCAAGCGGUCUAGAGAAAGGCGAGAAGAGCCUUCAACGCAGCCUCGCCGGGUCAUCAACACCAUUGCCGGCGGCUUCGCUGGCGGCGGAUCGUCUUCGUCCGCGCAGCGUAGACACUUACGGGCCGUUCGGCAUGUGCAUGCCGUCGAAACUGUUCGUCGCCGCCUACCCACCAUAACUUUCACCGAGGCCGACUUCAAAGGUAUCGACCCAUACCAGGAUGAUCCUAUGGUAAUUAGCGUUGAAAUUCACAACUGCAUUGUGCGCAAUACAUUGGUAGAUCAAGGGAGCUCUGCUGAUAUCCUUUAUUGGAACACGUUCAAACAAUUGGGUAUCCCAGAAGCCGAAUUAAUUCCCUACGAUGAAGGAACCGAAUACAGAGACGUUUCGUUCAAAUAUGUGGUGGUUCAUGCCAACACGUCCUAUAACAUUUUGCUCGGUCGACCGUCCUUAAAUCGGCUCGGUGCAAUCGUCUCCACUCCGCACCUGGCUAUGAAGUUCCUGGCUGACUCAGGACGAGUAAUCACGGUUCACGCUGAUCAAAAAACCGCACGAGAAUGCUACUUUGCUAGUUUACGAUUACCGAAAAUGAAGCCCGAAGCAACAAAGAAAACAGGGGUACAUUCGGUAUCACAGCAGUCGGCCUUAGACCUCGACCCCCGGAUUGAUCAAGAAGAGAGGGUCGAGCCUAUUGAAGACAAGCAACCCAUCCAGGUGGGGGUGUCCGGAACUCAAGUCACCUACUUCGGGACCAAUUUAUCCGAACAAGAGUCCCUAGCCCUUAAACAAGUGGUCCUUGAAAACAGUGACUUAUUCGCCUGGUAUCCGUCUGAUAUGCCCGGCAUCGACCCCAACUUUAUUUGCCACAAGUUAUCAGUAAGCAAGCAGGCAAGACCGAUCGCUCAACGGCGUCGGAAGGCCGGAGAGGAAAGGAAAGCGGCGAUCGAAACUAAGGUGGGAAAGCUAUUAGAUGCUCGGUUCAUCCGAGAAGUACAUUACACAACAUGGUUGGCCAAUGUAGUCAUGGUCAAGAAACCGAACGGGAAAUGGCGCAUGUGCACCGACUACACCAACUUGAACAAGGCAUGCCCUAAGGAUGCAUAUCCAUUGCCCAACAUUGACCGACUUGUAGAUGGGGCAUCCGGCCACAGAUUUUUAUCCUUCCUUGAUGCAUACUCAGGAUAUAAUCAGAUCCGUAUGCACCCUCAAGACGAAGAGAAGACAACGUUCAUUACUGAAACGGCAAACUACUGCUACCGGGUAAUGUCGUUCGGCUUAAAAAACGCCGGAGCCACAUAUCAGCGAUUAAUGAAUAAAAUUUUUCAUGAUCAAAUUGGCCGAAGCAUGGAGGUGUACGUUGAUGACAUGGUGGUGAAGUCAAGUACAGUGUCGACACAUGCACAAGAUUUGACUGAGGUAUUUCAGGCGCUUCGACAUCACCAAAUGAGACUCAACCCCGAGAAAUGUGUGUUCGGAGUCUCGGGCGGUAAAUUUUUAGGAUUCAUGCUGUCCAGCCGAGGCAUUGAGGCAAAUCCUGACAAGUGUCAGGCCAUCCUAGACAUGAAAAGUCCAAGUACUCUGAAGGAGGUUCAAAAGUUAGCAGGCCGACUCACCUCCCUCUCUCGGUUCCUUCCUUGCCUGGCCGAGAUAGCUAGGCCUAUCCUUCUUCUACUGAAGAAAGCUGAACGGUUCAAAUGGACCCCGGAGUGUGAGGCAUCGUUCCAACAGUUCAAGGAGCACCUGGGCGCACCUCCAAUCCUUUCCAAACCAGUCGCCGACGUCGACAUGAUUGUGUAUUUAGCCGUUUCUAACACAUCAAUCAGUGUCGUCCUGAUUCAGGAAAAACAAGGCGAACAACAGCUGGUGUAUUUCAUCAGUCGUACUUUGCAAGAUGCCGAACGACGCUACCAGCUGAUAGAAAAAGUAGCCUUAGGGCUCAUCUACACCGCCCGCCGACUCAGGCAGUACUUCCAAAGCCACAAGAUAAUUGUCCGAACCGACUGUCCAAUUGCCAAAGUCUUGAGGAAACCUGAGAUUUCCGGCCGGAUGAUGGCAUGGUCAGUUGAGCUCUCAGAGUUUGACGUAACUUUUGAGCCGAGAGGCCCCAUUAAGUCACAACAUUUAGCCGACUUCAUCAACGAGCUCACUCCUUCGGGCCGUUUCAAAGACGAGUCAUGGACCAUGCAUGUUGAUGGGUCCUCUAACGCUCAAGGAAGUGGGGCAGGUAUAAUUCUAGCUAGUCCCUCGGGCAUCACUGUAGAGCAAUCUCUGCGUUUCGGCUUCCGAGCCUCUAAUAAUCAAGCGGAGUAUGAAGCCUUGCUAGCGGGAAUGCGGUUGGCAACCGAGAUGGGUGUGAAAAAAGUCAUAUGUUGGACUGACUCGAAGAUUGUGACCGAACAGGUCAACGACAACUUCCAGGUCAAGGAUCCUAACUUGUUGCAAUACUACCACCUCUUCCAAAAGCACAGGGACGAGUUCAUUGAGGUUCAGGUACGGCACGUCCCACGAUGUAACAAUGAACGAGCUGAUCAGUUAGCCCGGCUCGCCAGCAGCCGGAAGCCCGGACAGUUGCGCACAACCAUUCACCUAGAGAUUCCCUCCCCGAGUGUAACGGCCGAGUGCAUGUCAACCGAAGUCGAAGCGCCGACCUGGAUGACCGCCAUUCGAAAUUUUAUUGUCCGAGACGAAUUACCAGCCGAUCCGAUGGAAGCCAAGAAAUUACGAACUCAAGCGGUGCGGUACUCCAUGGUAGCCGAAGUGCUCUAUCGGCGGGGAUUCUCCCCCCCACUCCUAAGGUGCAUUGACAACCUAAAAGCCGAUUAUGUGAUACGGGAAAUUCACGAAGGCAUUUGCGGAUCUCACUCGGGGGGGCGAACCCUGGCGGCUAAAGUAUUGCAAGCCGGUUAUUAUUGGCCAACUCUAAAGGGAGACUGCGCCGAGUUUGUCAAAAAGUGCGUUCAAUGUCAAAGACAUGGGAAUCUCAUCCAUGCCUCGGCUGCCGAACUGCAUAGCAUCAGUUCUCCAUGGCCGUUCGCUUUAUGGGGUAUCGAUGUGCUUGGACCAUUCCCUAUGGCAAAAGGGCAAGUUAAGUUUCUCCUGGUUGCAGUAGAUUAUUUUACAAAAUGGAUAGAAGCCGAACCACUCGCUUGCAUUUCCGCAGCGAGUGUCCAGAAGUUUGUUUGGAAAAAUCUGGUUACCCGCUUCGACAUUCCCUAUGCCAUCGUCUCGGACAACGGCCUUCAAUUUACUGACAAGAAGUUCAACACCUUCCUUGAAAAUCUCGGUAUUCGUCACCGGUUCACAUCAGUCGAGCAUCCCCAAUCAAACGGCCAGGCCGAAGCAGCGAACAAAGUUAUCCUCAUAGAGCUCAAGAAACGACUUGGUUCGGCUAAAGGUGCAUGGGCUGAAGAGUUACCGGAAGUUCUUUGGGCAUACCGGUGUACACCACAAUCAACAACCAAGGAGACACCCUUUCGACUAACAUACGGCGCAGAUGCAAUGAUUCCGGUUGAAGUCGGGGAACCUUCGUUUCGAAGACAACACUUCCAUGAAGAAUCUAACGAUGAUUCACUCCGAGCCGAACUCGAUGUCCUUGAUGAAGUGCGCGAAAGGGCACAAAUUGUAGCCGAGGCCUGCAAGCAACGCAUGAGUAGACGCUUUAAUUCUAAUCUAAAGCCAAGAACAUUUCAGGAAGGCGAUCUGGUAUGGCGAGCAACCGGGUCGGCCAGGCGCAAUACUUCCGAGGGCAAGUUCUCAGCUAAUUGGGACGGACCGUUUCGCAUACGGCAUGCACUUAACAAUGGGGCGUACAAGUUGGAAGAACUAUCGGGCAAGGUCAUUCCGAGGACUUGGAAUUCCACACAUCUGAAGACAUAUUAUAGUUAA